CAGAAUGGCAGAGGCACAGGCUUUGAUGGAGAGGCUGGAAAAUGCUGUGGUUAAGCUUGAGUCAUUGUUGUCAAAUUCGCACAAGGUUGCUGGAAUGGAAUGUGGAACUGUCAAUGGAGUUGAUGGAGGAGUAGGACCAUAUGUUGAAGCUUUUGACAGAAUCCUGAAUGGCAGUGUAGCUGAGUUUCUAAGGAACAGUAAGAUCCUUGAUGGUGAUGUCAAGAUACAUGCGGAAAUGGUUCGUGCAGCUUUUCAAGCGCAAAGAGCAUUUCUCUUGUUAACCUCACAAUAUCAAGAACCUCAGGAGAGUGAAGUGUCCAUUCUUUUAAAACCAAUAUCAGAUAAGAUCCAGGAAAUUCAGACGUUCCGAGAGAGAAACCGGGGGAGUACAAUGUUUAAUCAUCUGUCUGCUGUUAGUGAAAGUAUACCAGCUCUCGGGUGGAUAGCAGUGGCUCCUAAACCAGGGCCGUAUGUCAAGGAGAUGAAUGAUGCUGCUACCUUUUAUACUAACAGGGUGUUAAAAGACUACAAACAUAGUGACUUGCGUCAUGUUGAUUGGGUGAAGUCGUAUUUGAAUGUCUGGGCCGACCUUCAAGCAUAUAUCCAAGAAUAUCACACUACUGGGCUUACCUGGAGUAGUACUGGCCCUCUUGCCUCAGCAGCAUCUCUGCUAUCUACACUAGCAAGCAGCCAGAGUCCUCCUCCUCCACCACCGCCUCCUCCUCCACCACCACCACCAGGGCCUCCUCCUGUCUUUGACACUGAAAAUGCAAAAGAUGAUACCUCUACAACUCGCUCAGCCCUAUUUGCCCAGCUGAAUCAAGGAGAAACAAUUACCAAAGGACUUCGCCAUGUCUCUGAUGAUCAGAAGACCCAUAAGAAUCCCAGUCUUCGUGCCCAAGGAGUACUGGUUCGCUCUCCUACAAGAAACCAUACUUCAAAUCCAACUACUCCCAAGACACCUCCUCGACACAGCUACUGUCCUGUGUUAGAACUUGAGGGAAAGAAAUGGAGAGUGGAAUACCAGGAAGACAAGAAUGACCUUUUAAUUACUGACACUGAACUCAAGCAAGUUGCUUACAUUUUCAAGUGCAACAAAUCUACAUUACAGAUAAAAGGAAAAAUCAAUUCCAUUACAAUUGACAACUGCAAAAAGUUUGGCCUUGUGUUCAACAAUGUUGUGGGUAUUGUUGAAGUGAUCAAUUCCAAGGACAUUCAGAUACAGGUACUAGGGAAAGUGCCAACCAUUUCAAUUAAUAAGACUGAAGGCUGCCAUAUAUACCUCAGUGAAGAAUCAUUAGACUGUGAGAUUGUGAGUGCUAAGUCAUCUGAAAUGAACAUCCUUAUCCCAAAAGAUGGUGAUUAUAAAGAAUUUCCUGUUCCUGAACAGUUCAAGACAUCAUGGGAUGGAUCCAAGCUGGUCACUGAUCCUACAGAGAUUGUGGGUUAACUUGCUGGUGCCAACCAGAAAUCAUUGACCACAAUCUCCAAAGAAAUUCAGCCUGCAGAAAACAGCAGCAUAAAGAACCUGAAGUAGCACUAGUUUGUACUACAGUUAUAGGCUUUCAACUGGCUACUU